AUGGGUUGGUUUCCUUCCAUAUUCGGGUCGGACAAACCGUCUGAUCCUUUAAGCAAACUCGAUCCCAAGCUUCGCGAAUUCCUCGAGAAAGAAUCUCCCGUAAAAUAUACCCUGAAUCGGUCACCAACGUCGACUUCAGCUACACCUGAAAGACAAACAGACGAAUCGCAGAAGACAGAUAAAACAGAGCCUGCGCAUGAUAAAACAGCCGUACCAUCAGAGAGUUUAUACCAAGAUGGCCGAUACGCACACUUAUGGAAGAACUACCGGCCGUUGGCGCAAAUCGAAGCCGAAGCAGCAAGCGACCACGACAAGCUCAUGGAUGUCCUAGAAGGUUUCAAAGAGCGCAAAGCUGCUAUUGGCCGCGCAGCAUUGGAAAAUUGCGCCAUCCAACAGGAGGAGUGGGUAAAUUGUAUGAAGAACGGCAGCUGGGAGGACCAGCUACAAAUGUGUCGGAGUCAACGAUUCCUCAGAGCCCUAGGAUACGGGUCAGUAGCCGGCCGGCCUUCCCAGGUCGACGAAGACAUACAAAUGCACGCCGACACCUUGUACGACAGAAUGAUCACACACGAAGCCGCCGUCGAGCAAGCAGAGAAGGACGGAACACCCAUUCCCAUAUUCGACCCUGCCCUGCCAAAGGCCAGCGCGACAAAGGUCGUGCCGACACAAGAACUGGAGAAAACGUGGAAGGAGAAGCUGGACAAGUUACCAGAGGAUGAGAGAGUGGUGGAGGAGGCUGCGCUGAGGGCAGAUUUGCAGGCCAAGUCUGACGUAGCCAAGAAUGUCAAGCAGAUAUGGGCAACGCAAAAGGAAGAGAGGGAGGCGAGAAGGGCGGACGGGCAGGCUACGUUUGGGGAUACCCUCUCUGCGAUUUUCGGAAGAGGUGGGGGGGAGAAAUAA